AUCCGGCUGAGUUGUUCCUGCAGGAAGUACCCACCCCCACCACUGAGCAGCAUCAGGCACUAUUACUGAUACACUAUCAGUAUGGUCUUCAAUAUUUAUAGGCAUUAAAUAUGCAUGGCAGCACCUCAACAGCAAACCCAUGUCUUUUACGAGAUGUCCGUGACGGACAAAGACAGUUGUGCCUGUAUCUCAGGCGGGAUGGGAAACCUUCUGAAGGUGCUGUCCAAGGAUGAUAACACACCAAAGGUGGACAUCUUCCUGGACUUCGAAAAUGCCCAGCCUACAGAGUCGGAACAUGAAGUUCAUCAGGUGGUAGAGAGAGUCCUCUCCACUUCACAUGGGCUGCUGAUAGAGCUGCAGCAGUACAAGGGAGCUGACAAUGAGAUCAGAGAGGCCAUAUCCAACCCCAGCAGAGAUGACCUCCAGGAGAAGGCAUGGAGAGCUGUCUGUCCUUCUGUUGUCAAACUUAAAAAGUACUACGAGUAUUCCACAGAGUUAGAAAAUGUAUUACCGCAGCUGUUGCAGGCGUUGUGUUCGGGGCCGUACACACCCACCCAGCACCUGGAGAGACAACAGGCUCUGGCUAAACAGUUCGCCGAGAUUCUACAUUUUACCUUAAAGUUUGACGACCUGAAGAUGAUGACCCCAUCUAUACAGAACGACUUCAGCUACUACAGAAGAACACUCAGCAGAAUGAAGAUGAACAGCCAGAUCAAGGAUGGAGUGGGCAGUGUGUAUGAGGUGUCCAGUGAAGUGGCCAACAGAAUGUCCCUGUUCUAUGCAGAGGCCACACCCAUGCUGAAAACACUGAGCGAGGCCACCACAAGAUUUGUGUCCGAGAAUAAACAUCUACCCAUUGAGAACACAACUGACUGUCUCAGCACAAUGGCAGCGGUGUGUAAGGUCAUGUUGGAAACACCGGAGUACUAUCAGCGGUUUGAGAAUGAGGAGACCAUUUUGUUCUGCUUGAGGGUGAUGGUCGGGGUCAUUAUUCUGUAUGACCACGUUCAUCCUGUCGGCGCCUUCGCCAAGAAAUCGGGUAUCGAUAUGAAGGGAUGUAUCAAGGUUCUCAGGGACCAGCCAGCGAGCAAGGUGGAGGGGCUGCUGAAUGCCCUCAGGUACACAACCAAGCACCUGAAUGAUGAGACCACGCCCAAGAACAUCAGAGCACUGCUGGCAUAGUGAGGCAUGGUGGGGUGUGACAUGGAGGAAAUAUUUUGUACAAGUGGUAGAUUAAGUUUGUAAAGUCCAUAAUAUUAUAAUGAUUGUUGCUUUAUUAACUUCUCGGUUACUCCCUGCUUUGCAGUGGUAUGGUCCAACCGUCCACAAUUUUGGGGGACACUUGGCCUCUGCCAUUUAAAUGGCAGGGGGAACCGACCAGAGUUGGAAUGGAAACCACACGUUCCAACGUUAGCACAACUUCAAUUAAGUUCUAUACAAUACGUGCCUUGUAGAAUACGUUUUUUCAGGUUGACGUGUGGAAAGUAUGGUUUUUACUCUUUCUUUGUGUGAAAGCAAUGCUGUAUUUGUAAAAGGUUUUGACAGACUUUAUAUGCUGAUUACUAUAGUAUAAGUCCAUUUGUACCAUGCAAUUUUUUCCAGAAAUAUGGAUGGUGCUGAAUUCUAUUAGAGAUGAAAUGGAUAUGGUAGGCCAGUGCUAUAGGAGCCAUGGUAGGGCCACUCUACAAUGUUGCAAAAACUACUGGUACCAACUGGCCUGUCAUUCUGUCAUGGUACAAAAUGCUAUUGGUUAAAAGUAUGAGUGGGCAACAAGACCUUCUAGUCUAUAUAUCAGAGUAACUUUAAUGAAUAUCUUUUGUGUGACAGUUUUGGUAUCUUGGAAACAGUUCUUUCAUCCCAGUUUGGACAUCACAUUGGUGCUUCACAACUGGAAUAGAUGUUGAAGUGGUGUUACUACUCUAAUCAACAGGAUUUGCCUAAUCCAUUGGUAUGAUACGGCAGCUUUCACUACACUACCAGUACCGGUGGUUUCUUAAUAUUCCACUGGACAAAGCUUAAAAAAUGGUAAUGAGGAUGUGUCCUAUGUUGUAAAGAAAGUUUUUCACAAAUAAUAAUUGACUGUGAAAUCAUUAAACAUCUUCCUGGCAUCUUAGUCUUAAAUACAGAUGUGGUACUAAAAGGUAGGUUUGGGAGCGGAAAGGUUGAAGUUUUGUUUGUACAAGUUGUUACACCACAGAACAGCAGGAAAAUUCUUCCAUCAAUUCUCUUAAGGCCACCAUAAUUUAUUUCCAAAGCUUGAGAUAUCUUAAUCUACAUGUAAGUACGGCAUAAAAACAUAGCACAGUGAGGUUAACGUGAAUCUAAUUAUUUUUUGUUCCAGAAAUUUUUGAACCAAGGUACAGUUUUUCCCUCAGACUGGGUUUUCUGGUUGAUCUUCCAGUUCACCACAAUUUUUUCUAACUCCGAGAACCAAUAAAAUAGAUUCGUAUGGCUUUAGAUGUAGGAAAGUUCCAAUGAAUUUCAGAUUGAAACUGCCAUAUCGUAAAAACACUCUCAACAUGAAGAGCAGCAAGCCUCAGUAUUUUUGAUUCAUAAAUAUGAAACAUACCCUUUUCAUCAACCUUUGAUACACAUGUACAUAUUAUAUGACAAAGGUCUAACGAUGUGACUUCACUGUUUGCAGUGUGUGUAUGGUUUACCUUGUGUAACAAGUGUGUCUUGGUUGUUGUGAACAAAAAUACAGUACCUACACAUGUCAGCAAACUAGCAGUAUGUGAAUCUUGACAACAUUGGCUUGUUCAAAGCAACUGUGGUGCCAUUAAUUGCUUAUAUGCACGUUUGUAAGAAAACUCUGAACAUAGAUCAUGUGAAUACACUGUGAAGCACUCACAAAACAGAAUAUAUGUUAUGUACGUAUAUAUCAGUAGAAUGUACAGACAUCCCUGUAGUCAUGCCAUCUUACAUGUAUCCACCAGUGCCAUCUCACCAACGAAAAAAGACAAAAUAUUGUAUGUAAAUUUUUUCCUCUUAUUUGGAGAAAGCUAAAAGUCGUAGAGUAAGACAUUUUUUGCAGUAGAUUAUUAUAUGAAAUAUUAUAUGCAAAUGUGAUAAUUGUAAAUCCAGAGAUGUGUGGACAGGGAAUUUUACAUUAAAAAAUGUGAGAUUUGAUCAAACUUUGAGGUGUUUGGCCAAAAUACAGUGAAUUUGUACAAGCUGUGUUAAAUGGGUAUUAUAAGCCCUAAUUUGAACAUUUGUUUGUAAAUACUGCCUGGUUUGUUCCUUUAGGACUGCCUCUGUUGCACCAAUACAGGUGAUUACUUGGAUGAACCUUUUUGAAAGUUUUUUUCUAAAAGAUUUGGGGUCUAUGGCAGGGUUUUCCCAGUUGCAGAAUUAUUCUACCAUCCCAACAGACCCAUGCUAACUUCUGGGUGGAUUUGAAAGAAUUCUAACCUUUUUUCAUCUUAGACUCGCAACUUUGUCAAUAUGGCUGAUUGGCCAUAAUUUGUGUUAUGGCCAUAACAAAAAGAACAAGAUUCCAUCAAAUGAUGGACCCUGGGAAAACCCUGGAAUAGACGGGUGUUAGUAGCACAUCAUUGCUGGAUUUGCAGUGCCAGCAAAUAUCAUAGAUAACCCCUUAUAGGGUUAUUGUUUAUGUACUCCAAAAUGUCUUCAUAGACAGUGGAAGAUGUCACACAGCUGGGGUUUAAUUUAACUUCUUGCACUUUUUUAUCAGUGAAGAAAACUGAUGUUUUACAGAUUGGAUCACUGUUAGUGAUAGAAGCACACCUAACAGUGGAUGUAACAUACAUGGUGUAGAGUGUAUAUUGUAAAAAAUAAGACAAAGGCUCUGGCAG